CGCGGCGAUGACGUCAGCUCGUGGCGCAGGGGAAAAUGGGGUUCGGGCAUGAGGAGGGAGACAUCAAACGGCACAGCAAACACCAUGACAGGGUAUGAUGACGGACAGUGACGGGCCGUGCGUCAGUGCUGAUCGGAAAGCAUGGGGCUCAGGAUCAGCAAGGGUCAACAGAGCCACCGGAUGGUGAUCUUCUUCGCCGUCUUCAUCCUGACAACACUCCUCAUCCUCUACGGCUCCAACAGCAGCAACGAUGGUAUCUACAUCCCCUUUCACGUGGCCAUCAAUCACGCCGCCAAGACUACAGACCUCAAAAAGUGGUCUGGUGGAGAUGGCUACAUGCCAGUUCAUGGUAACAAAAGUAUGACCCUGCACUGUCGUCACUGUGCGCUAGUGACAAGCUCCAGCCAUGUCCUUGGCAGCCAGGCGGGGGACGAGGUUGACCGAACCGAGUGUGUGAUCCGCAUGAACGACGCCCCCACGUCCGGCUACGAGUCCGACGUCGGCAACCGGACCACCGUUAGGGUGGUAGCCCACGCCAGCGUCUUCAGGGUGGUGCGCAGGCCCAACGAGUAUCUGCGGCGAACCGACAGGAACUCCACCAUCAUCUUCUGGGGACCCCCGAAUAAGAUCGGGAAGGACGCUAAGGGGACCUUGUUCAGGUUGAUCCAGAGGGUCAGCAUGACCUACAGCAAUGUGUCGUUUUUCACCAUCACACCCACCAAAAUGCGAAAGUUCGAUAGCCUGUUUACCAGAGAGACAGGGCGGGACAGACAAAAGUCUCACUCUUGGUUGAGCACCGGCUGGUUCACAAUGGUCAUAGCCAUUGAGAUGUGUGACAACAUCAAAGUCUACGGGAUGGUGCCGCCAAAUUACUGCGGAAAAAAAACUGCGUCCAAGAAGGUGCCCUACCACUACUACAAACCCAGGGGGUCCGACGAAUGUCUGAUGUACCUCCAGAAUGAAAGCGGCCGCAGGGGAAACCACCAUCGCUUCAUCACAGAGAAGCAGGUGUUUGCACGCUGGGCCAAGCAGUACAACAUCACGUUCACUAACCCCAAAUGGUGAGAGAGGAGAAGCGAGGCCUGCGAGGAGACAAGCACAACGGACUUAGGCUCACGGUCUUUCGAAAUGAGACAUCAUAAAUGCGUUGGUCCAGAGAAGACGGCGACGACGUGGAAGACCUUCAGUUGGACUGAAUGACGAGGAAGAUGUAGGGAAAUGUUUCUGAUUUCAGGUAUUAAACUUUUGAAGUACUGUCAGUUCUGAUCGGAAAGUUUACACACUGAGGGCAUGAAUGUCCCUUUUUCCCAGGGUGGAAUUAUUAUACAACAAACGGCUUCACAACCAAAACUUGGGUGCACAGAUUUAAAUGUACACUACAUUUUCUCUUCAUUACACAGUGUCAGAAUUAUACAUAUAAGCUCAGAUGAAUACGUACAUCCUCUGUAAUAGCCGGCUUUAGGCUGGCAAGUUACACCACACACAUUUUGGAAGAAACUCCUUUAUUGUCCUACAGUGGGGAAAUACGGGAGUGACAGUGAGGCGUAACCGUUAUUCUUUGAAAUUUUGGCUGUUUUUAAAGAACUGGUCAAAUUCGUUUAAAUCUGUUUAUUUUCUGAAGGGACCUACAUUUAAAGCCCAGUUAACACCAGAGGUGUUAAAACUUCUCAUCAUGUGGGCCAAACGUGUCAAGUCAGAAGUACUCGAGGUCCAAAAAUAUAAUUACCAAAAACCAAAAAAAUAUUUUCUGCUCCACAAAAUACUACCAUGCAGUAUUUGAAUUAAACAACGUAGUUAAAUUGUCUGUGAGAAAGGGAUGGUCAAAUCAUUGCAGUUACAAAAGCUAUGCAUGCAACAAAACAAAAUAAAAAAAAGGGUUUUUCACGUUUGCCUUUUUAAAAAUGAUCAGUGUGGAAAUUCUUUUGGGCUUGAUUCAGGUGGGGGGGGGGGCUAAGUUUUCUCUGUUCUAAAAAAAAAACAGGAUUUUGGUCGUUUUUCUUUGAAAACGCUCGCUGUAUUUAGCCCAUUUUAUUAAGUGACUUAUAAGCAGAUUGUCGUGCACCAAAGUCUGCAUCUGAGCAACGGUUCUUUGAUCCGUGUGCUCCUAUUUACUAUGAAAUUAAAGAGAAUGUAAAAGUGUGUGGUUAUUAAAAGACAAGUAGUGUGUUAUGCCCAACGUUUUCCAUUUAAAGAAGGUUUAAACUCGCCUGUAAUCAUUUUACACUAAUAAGAAGCCUCCAUCUGCAUCAACCAUCUGUGCUGGUGGGCCAAAUAAUUCUUGAAUUGCAGUUUGGGGAUUCUUCAUUAUUCCAUGAGCUUCGUACAAUGGGAGCAAAACAACCCCACAGCAUGAUGCUACCACCGCCAUGCUGGACUAUUGGUGCCGUUUGCUUUGAAACCCUCGCCGUGCUGCACUCCUCGUCUCCUCUGCCCUUAAAUCACUUCUCCAGAAGAUGCUCGGUGUUUUCCAAGUUAGAGGCUGCAAAUUUCAGUCAAAAGCUGUCGAUUCUUUCUUGGUCUCGUUCUUAGAUCUUCAAGCGUUCCUUGGAAUGUCCCAUUGUUCCUAGUAUUGGUUAAUUCAUUACUAAUCACUUUAAUGCUAUCAAAUUUUAAACUACCCGUUUAAAAUGCUUCAGCACCCGUUGCUGAAGCAUUUAAGGGAAUCUAUAUAUAAUUUAGACCCUGUCUUUGGAGAGAAAUAACAAUAAGCUACAUCUUUGUUAUAAUAAAAGAAAUUAGUGAAGUUUUGUGUUGUAAUAAUGCUUCCACCCAGAAAAAAAAAAAACAGGUCAAAUUAUUAAAAUCCCAGUCAUUUAUGCCCAUGAGCGUGUGUGUAAACUGUCUCACAGAGUCUGUAUGCCACAUAGUGGGUGCUGUCUAAGGUUUUGUAAAUAGAAAAGAGAUAAUUUUAAAGUUUUUUCCACAUCUUUAUAUUUUUAUGUACCUACUUAAGUGUUCUAUUCAUCCUGGAGGAUUAUAUCAGCAGGUUUGUUUAAUCUCGAUUGAUUAAGUGGCUUACAUAACUGUAGUUUAGGUAGUUUUCAUCCAUUACAGCGAGAGAUCAUAUUCUAAAAAUAAAUAGCUGCCAAAGAGAAAUUUCUGAUUCAGCCUACUGGCCGAUCCUUGUGGAGCCUUAUGAGACAGCAGAGCAGUACGAGCACUGUGGUUCUGAGCAGGAGCGUUUUAUCACCUUCCUAAAACAAUUGGCUUAAGUCAUUUUUUUUUGCGAACAAUUAGUUUUUUGCCUAAAUCUAUUGUUUUCUGAAAAAUUUCUGGGGGAAAAUAUGACCUAGGCCAAUAUUUUAGGAAGGUGACUAUUUUAAAACCGCACAGCAUUGCAGAUUCACAACCAAUGCCUCAUCGGCUUAAACAUUUUAUUAAAAAAAAAAAAAUAAAAAAAUUUAUUAAGCUAAAGAUUUGCCACAUUUGAGCUCUGAGAUUUGAAACCGGACAGUUUUAGGUGCAUGCCUCCAAAUUGUAAACAGAAUGUAUCCCAUCAUGUUUUAUCUCAGUGCUUUAUUCUGAUUCAACAAAUUAGAAGGAAUGCAUUUAUUAACCGUAUUGCCUUUUAGAAACAACUGUAGGGAUUAUUUGUUCAUCUUUGUGCUUUUAUUAGUUCUGCAAGCCCAGUUGUUUUCUGCUGGGGAUCAUGUUAUUAAAAAAAGAGAAUGAUU